AUGUGUUGGUGCCAGAGUGUUUGUUGCAUGCAGAACGUGGCAGACGUGUUGUCGGCAGCAGACGUGUUGGUUGCAGCAGCGUGUUUGUUGCAGCGCGUGUUGUUGCCUGCUGACGGGUUUGGUUGCAGCAACGUGUUGUUGCGGGCAGACGUGUGUUGCAGCAGACGUGUUGUUGCUGCAGAGCUGUUGUUGCAGCAGGCGUGUUGUUGGAGCUGGCGGGUUGUCUCAGCAGGCGUGUUUGUUCGCAGCAGACGUGUGGUCGGAGCAGACAGGUCAGCAGUGUUGUCGCUGCAGGCGUGUUGUGUGCAGCGGACGUGUUGUGCAGCGGACGUGUUGUCGCAGCAGAUGUGUUGCACGCAGCGAGACUGUGUGUCGCAGCAGACGUGUUUUGUUGCUGCAGACUGUUGUCGCCGCAGACUGUUGUCGGCAGACGUGUUGUUCCAGCAGACUUGCAGGCGGUUGUUGCGAGCGGACGUGGAUGUUGGCAGGCGGACCGUGUUUUCGCAACAGACGUGUUGUUCGCAGCAGACGUGUGCGUGCGCCUACGGUGUGGCUGCAGACUCGUGUUGUCGCAGCAGCGUGUUGUUGUUGCAGACGUAUUGUUGCAAGCAGCGUGGAGUUGGUUUGGAGCAGCGUUUGUUGCAGCAGGCGUGUGUUGCAGCAGGCGUGUUUGUCGCAGCAAACGGUGUUUCGCAGCAGACUAGUUGUCGCAGCAGACGUGUUGUUGCUUGCAGUCGUGCUGUUGCAGCAGCGUGUUGUUUUGCGCAGACGUGUUUGUUUCAGCAGACGUGUCGAGUGUGCAUGCAGACGUUUUGUGUGCAGCAGCCUUGUGUGUGCCCUGCAGACGUGUUGUUGCAGCAGGCGGUGUUCAUGUUGGAGCAGGCGUGUGGUUGCAGCAAGGCGGUUGUUGCUGCAGACUUGUUGUGGCAGCAAGCGUGUUGCAAGACGUUUUGUGUGCAGCAGUGCGGUAUGAUGCAGCAGCUGUUGUUUGCAAGCAAGACGUGUCGUGGCAGCCAGCGGUUGUUGUUGGAGCAGGCGGUUGUUGCUGCAGACGUGUUUGUUGCAGCAGACGUGUUGUUUGCCGCAGAUACGUGUUUGUUUGCAGCUGAUGUGGUUUUUGCAGACGUGUUGUUGCAGCAGACGUGUUGUGUGCAGCAGACGUUUGUUGCACGCGACGUGUUCUGGUUGCAGCAGACGUUUGUGGCAGCAGACGUGGUUGUCGCAGCAAACGUGUUUUUGCAGACAGUGUUUGUGGAGCAGACUUUGUCGCAGCCAGACUGUUGUCGCAGCAGACGUUUGUCGCAGCAACGUCGAUGUUGUUCCAGCAGGCUGUUGUUUGCUGCCGACGUGUUGUUCAGCAGCGUGGUUGUUGGAAGCAGCGUGUUGGCAGCAGGCGUAGUUGUCGCAGCAGGUGUUUGUGUCGGCAACGAGACGUGUUGUUGGCAGCAGACGUUUUUGUCGCAGCAGGACGUGUUGUUGCUGCAAAGGCGUGCUUUAGCUGACAGGCGUGGUUGUUGGCUGCAGAGAGCGUGUUGUUGCAGACAACGUGUUAACGGUUGUUGGCAGACGGUGGUGUUUGCAAGCAGCGUGUUGUUGCAGGCAGACGUGUUGUUUUGCUACGCAGCGUUUUGUCGCAGCAGGCGUGUUGUUGCAGCAGGCGGCAGACUUGUUGUUGCAGCAGACGGGUUGUUGCUGGCAGGACGCGUGUUGUUGCAGCAGGCGUGUUGGUUAGGAGCUCGUCGUUGUCUCAGCAGCUGGUGUCGCAGCAGACAUGUAGUCGCAGCAGACCUGUUGUUCGGCAGCAGACAGUGUUUUGCUGGCAGGCGUGCUGUUGAAGGCAGGCGUGCGGACGUUUGUCGCAGCGAUGUUGUUGUCCGCGAGCAGACGUGUUGUCGCAGCAGACGUGUUUGUGCUGCAGACGUGUUUUGUUCGCAGCAGACGGUUUUGUCCGCAGCAGACGUGGUUGUCGCCGCAGGACGUCAGACGUGUUGUCGGCAGCAGGCGUGUUGUUGCUGGGCGGACGUGUUGUUGGUCAGCGGACGUGUUUUCGCAGCAGAAGUGUUGUCGCAGCAGACGUGUUGUUUGUUGCAGCAGAAACGUGUUGGGACUGCAGACGUGUUUGUCCGCAGCAGGCGUGUUGUUGUUGCAUGA